AUGGACGGCAAUAUAAUAUCUGGAGCGACAUUUGAAUCACCCUCCCGGCUGGUCCGGAGACCUACACUUAAUACAAUAAUGGAAGAUAGACGAGGGGAGAGGAGAGAAGAGCAGAAAAGGCAGGUGGAUUACAGUACGGCUAGGUUGGACGACUCAAGAUAUCUCCGCCCACAGUCUAUCCGCUCGACUUCGCCUGUACCGUCCCUGAUCUCGGAGACGUCGUCCGUAUCUUCAUACUACUAUGGACGGCGGUCAGGAGACUUCGACGAUGUUUCAGAUAUCGACUCGGAAAUCGAUCCAUCCAUCAUGACUGACCAGACAAGUCUGCGAUCAGUCUCGCCCGACAAUUCGCCGCCCAUUGGCCACAAGCCAAAAUACCCCACCUUGGCCAUUCCAUCCCCAGGAUUUUGGCCCGCCCCACCUCAACCUCCAACGCAGUCGCCACCCAGGCCGCCAAAGAUCCCACUAUCACCAGCAGCAUUGUCCAUGUUGGGCGACCAAUUACCCAGUCUCGCCGACCAGUUGUCCAGGCUCAACACCACCCCAUCGCUUACUGGUAGCCUCAGUACAGACCCCUACCAACCCUCCACUGGGCCCACUACACCUGAGUCACAGACAAACCUACCGAGUGACGAGAUAUGGGAUGAGAGCAUGCGAGAAAAUACAUACAAAGUGCCACCAUCAAGCCUUCCACCGGUCAGGCCACCGAAGCCCAAGAUUUCAGUCAAUACUCAAGGCGUAGGGGGACAAAACGCGAAGUCUGGCUUGACAGCGCAAGAGCGUAUCAGCGUAUAUGAUUUUGCGGCGCAAGAUUUUCCCGACAGCCCAGUCUUCGGAGAGGAUGACGAUGUCAUUCAUACAGGUGUUCCUUUGACAGGUGUCGAGUUGCCACUCGACGCUCUAGUAACAUUGCAACACUUGUCGCUCGAGAAGCCCUCAACAUGCCCCAGUCUUCCACCAGAGACACCACAUGAGAUGCGAGAGACCUUCGGGCCUCAUUAUCGACAAAGUCCGGCGGGUACGCCCGUGUCGCGCAUAUCUGACUACAGCAUCUCCAACAUGAGCAUACCAUCUCCAGGAGGCUUUUUUGCAUCUUUGGGAUCAAACGCUCGACACACAUGGCACAUGGGAUCCGUACCUGCCAGUGCGUUGUCGCCUUCCUCUGCAACCGCCGAACAAUUCUACAAGUGUCCCUGGAACACGAAUGCCCCUCCAAGUCCACCCGCAACUGGUCAUGUCUUUGAACUCGACGGCAGCAUUGGCUCUGAUACCGCCACGCCGCCAACUGCAAGACAGGCAACAUUUGGCACGCCCGCAAGAAGCGCCUUUGGGUUGAUUCAUUCGAGUGAGAACCGUGACGAGGAUGUUGCAUCCCCCGUUGUCGAUUAUGACGAUAAUUACGAGAAUGUGAUCACCGAAGCGGUAGCCAAGUCUAUGGACAAGACGACAGAUUGGAUCGCUCAGCAAGGCAGCUACCUGUCAGCGCUUCGAGAAACCAACCCACGGAAUAGUGUAGGCGCUAAAGCAGAGCAAGAACUUCGAAGACGCAGCACCUACCUGCAAAAGGACUCUAUGAACUCACCCAUGAAGAAGGCCGUUCGUUUUUUGGAGAGUGAAACCUCCAAGCAUGAAUACGAGGUGCCUGUUGUUGUACCGGAGGAGCCGAUCUACUAUGAAGCUUUCCGACACAUCAAAAGCAGCUCGAAAGCUUCAGAUCCAUUCAUACACCGUCUGACGCGGUCAGAUUCAAUUCAGUCUGUAAGACUUUGCAUGCCGCACGAGCACCUGAAGCGAUUAAAGGGUGAAUACCGUAUGGAGCACGUAGAGCGACCAAACCCCCUUCGGCCAGUCUCGAUGUUUCCCGGCAAGGAAACGGAACAAGAACAAGAGACCACGGAGCAGCAGGUCAUCAAUCGUGUUGAACGAGAACGACAAGCUUUGGACCAGGUGAACGCUAGAGCAUGGAUCGUUGAAGCUGGCAAAUACCUCGCUGGUGGCAGUCUGUUGAACAGCCCAGCUCGUUUCAAGACUAUCAAGACUCCCAAGCUAGGAGACAUCCAGAACGGCAGAGUCAAGAACCCAGCGAGAAUCCUCGACCUCGGCGGUGUACCAAACGGUGACUGGGCAUGGCAUUGCGCCCAAGAAUUUCCCCAUGCCAGGAUCUAUACAGCAACGACCGAACAACACCUGAUCGACUCCCGUAUUCAAGGUCCACGAAACCAUCGACGCACUGCCAUCACAGAACUCUGGAAGCUACCCUAUCCAGAUCAUCAUUUCCACGUCAUCUCAGCGCGCACCCUCCACACCUUCCUAAAGACCCAACCACCGGAGUCUGACUCUGGCGCAGCCAACGACAGCGGCUUAGACGAGUAUGACCUCACUCUCCGUGAAUGUCUUCGUUGCCUCAAGCCCGGUGGCUACCUCGAAUUCUCCCUCAUGGACGCCGAGAUUAUCAAGCCAGGCACACUUGGCUCCGCCACAUCGGUUGAAUUCGCCUUCAACCUCAAAACCCGUGGCUAUGACCCAGCUCCCACCAAGUCCUUCCUACGCCGCAUCCGCCAGGCCGGUUUCGACGAUAUCAAGCGCGCAUGGUCAGUUUUGCCGAUGGGCUCGCCCACAAUUCCACCCCCGCAACUACCAGAGACACCACCUCCGCCAAUGAUGGGCGCGUUGCCACCAACGCCACCAAGCUCGCACCACGCUGACAGCGAUAAUGAGAACGGCACUGCCAGUCGAACUUCCACUCUUGCAAACAAGGCCCAUCAACUGACUGGCAAAUCUAUCGAGGCGCCAAAGAGUCAAUUCCGCCUCUUCCCGCCCUCCACGUCCCGCACGUCCAAAGCGCCCCCACCCCUCACGAUCAACACCUCCCACGCAAAUAUUCAUCACCGACCCCUUCCCACGCCACCGACCUCACGCUCCCUAGCCUCACAGCCCACACCCACUCCCUCCUCGUCCUCCUCCCGCCAAUCCGUCGAAGCAGUCCAGGGACCCAUCGGCACCACCGCGGACGCAGCCACGCUCUCUGGCUUGGUCGGGUCAUGGGCUUGGGAACAGUGGAUGCUGAGGCUUGAGACGGAGAUGGGUCAUGAGGUCGGCCGUAAAGGAGGAUUGUUGGAUGGAGUGGGUCAAGUGUUGGAGGAGGGGAAACAUACGGGUGCUGGAUGGAGGUGUUUGACUGGGUGGGGGAGGAAGCCGUUUGAGAUGGAUGAGGGGCUUGGUGGUGUUGUUGGUGGUGUUGGUGUGGACGGUGCAGGUGCUGGGGGUUGGUUGUAA